AGAAAGAAAGAUUAAGAAAAAUCCGUCAGAGAGGCAUGGAUAGAAGGCUCUGCUUUGUUGUUCUGCUACUAGCAAUUAGCUGCUGCUGCUGCAGUGCAAAAGAUUUAGCAGCUAUUCACCUUAAGACAGAAUCCUUAGAGAAACAAGUUCAAGUCAGCGCAAAUGAAUAUCUGUGCUUAUUGUGUAAAGGGGUAGUCACCAUCUUAUCUGAUGAGGAGACACAAAGAGAGAUAAUUAGCGCCAUUAACGCAGUUUGCUUCAAUUUUUUUCCAUCCCAAGAGUGCAAUGACGAGGUGGAUCAACUUUCUAAUAUAUUCAAAAUCAUCGACUCCUACACGCCUGAAAGUUUGUGCCAAGAGAUUGAGCUCUGUGAAAAAGUUGUUUCCAUUUCUCAAUAUGCAUCCAAUAGUAGCUGUGAUUUAUGUCAUCGUACUGUUAUGGAGGCCACAGAACAGGUUGAAGUGCGUCAGCUGCUCCUGAAGGCUUGUGAUUCGGCUACAAAUUUUUCAACAAAGUGCAAGAAGCUGGUUUUCAAAUAUGCCCCUCUCAUUCUGGUGAAAGCCGAGCAGUUGGCAAAAACAAAUGACAUCUGCUCUUUGCUGCACCUUUGCGACUCGCCAAUACCUAGGAUGGAGGAGUCGAGGCAUUCUGCAUCUUAAGGAAGAAAAGCAGUGGAAACCUUGUUCACAUGUUGUAGACUGUGGUUUGCUUUCUUAAUUUUAAGUGUCAAGUUGCAUAUUGUUGCUAAUAAUGAAUCUGAAUGUUGCAUUUCUGCUUAUGUAAUAUGUUUGCGUCAAGUUGCAUAUUGUUGCUAAUAUUGAAUCUAAAUGUUGUAGUAUCUUCUUAUGUAAAA